CCGUGCAUAAAUAGUGACGGCCGGCGCCGGCCGGGCCGGAGCCGCCGGUGACCAUUAGCCGGUCUGGCGGCGCCGCUGCAGGCCAUCCGCCGCCCUCCCCGUCCGUUCCGUGCCGCCAGGCGCAUGGCAGCGUGUUGUGCCGGUCGCACGCCGCGCUAGAGUAGCGGUCGUCCUCCGGCAAGCGCGGCCCUCAGGCUGCUUCCCCCAGCGCCGCGCUCGUCACCGCCACUUCAGCCGCCCCGCCAACAUGGCUUCUCUCCGGCUGUACGCGGCGGCGUUGCUCCUGGCCACCUGCUACCAGCACGUGCUAGCCCGCGACCUGCUGCGACCGCCGCCGCACAAGCGACAGGCCUAUUUCUGCGGCAGUGCACUGAUCGAGGCCAUGCAGCUGGUGUGUGGCAGCGCCGGCAUCGGCGGCGCCAGCGGCAAGCGCACGACGGCAGAUGCCCUCAUUGGCUACCGCCGGGACCGUCUGCCGAACGAGCUGACCGAGGUGCCGGCCCGGGCGCGGCCGUACGCGCAGUACAGCCGGCAGCGGCUGCUGGAGACGCUGGACCCACUCAGCGACCCGGAGCGUCGCGCCGCCGGUCAGCCCGAGCACCUGCGCGUCAAACGCCAGGGCAUCGUGGACGAGUGCUGCUACCACCCCUGCACCAUCAACACCCUGAAGAGCUAUUGCGAGCUGGCGUAAUGGGCGGGCGACGCGCGACGGGCGUGUGAUAACCAUGUGUUCAGGCGGCCUGACGGGCACGGCGGUGGCGCGUCCGGCGUAGCGCAUGUUCUGCACCGGUCGCUCGGGGCAGCCCCGUACGGCAGCCAGCGGCGGCGGCGGCGGCGGCCCCCGGCUGGGUGUACUGUCCCCCGCCGGGCCACCCCUCACCUCUCACCCCAGACGUACCCCACCGCUCACCUCAUCUCACCUCACAGCCGCCCACAAGCCGAUCCCGCGAAACGGCGCGCUGAUGCAUGGGCCUUAUCUCGGCAUAUCGGCGCGCCGAGCAGACUUCUGACGAGUCCUCUCACUGAUCUCACCGUCGACACACCCACACGCUGAUCUCACGCCGACACACCCACAGGCUGAGCUUAUCCCUGUAGCGUUCCAGCGCACACCGCCCUGAGCUCAGCCCAGCUGACGUCAUUCGCUGGCCCCUUCCACCCGGCUCCCGUGACGACACUGUGCUCGCGCCGCGUGGUGCGCUACUGCGCUACUCCGUGCGAAUAGCGCGCGGAGUAGCGCUACUGCAGUGCGCCACUCCGCACGGUAGGUCCUGGUCCCGUUGCGGCGCCGCUACAGACCGCCGUUACGAGAUAGUGAUCCCACUACGCCUCUCUUCAAGCCGCCAAAUAAGCGAUUAGUUCCGACAGGCCGGCCCGUACUCGGAACUCGGACGCUAUGUGGCACCGUUCGCGGAAGGCGUGGCGUCGCAGCCCGGCUGCGGGACUGGCCGAGGCUCUGUGGCGACUGUGUACUACGCUGCCCCCCCCCCCCCCCCUUCUGAGGCCAGAGGAGCAGCGGCCCAGUUAGUUGAAUCAUAAUAUUUGCUUCAUAUCUUGAUUAAUAGGGCUCACGGUUAUGCGCACAGCCCGAAUCUAGAUUCGGUGCACGGUCGUCACCACGGUGCGAACUACCGUGCUCCGUGCCGAGGUAGGCGUGGUCAGCGGCGGCGGAGACUCUGUCGCACUCAUCCUCUUCAUUUCCGCCUGGUCUUCCGCCGACGUCUGGGCAGGUCUGUGGGAAGAUCGUAAAAGGUGUCGAGAGCACGGCGCCCGUUCGAAUCGACGGCCCAGAACCGUCACCGUGACCAGCUCCGUCCCGUGGCACCCCCGCACCCCCACAGCGCCCCGCCGGCCGUCCCGCACACGUGACCCUGGCAUCGCCGCUCUCCAGUGCACGCUCGCCGGGGCCGCGCCAUCUCCGACUGUCUGUUGCCAGAAUGGUACGCGUGUAACGUGUACGCGUCGAGGCGAGACGGUGGCGCCGCUGGUGCCGUCGCGAGCAGAGACAUCUAGCGGUUCUCGCCUGAACUGAGCCCUCGUCGCGACCGCCGGCCAAGCUGUCUCUUCUAUAUUUGUUCCAUGUCUGUGAUCAGUUUGAAUGCGACUGUGCCGUAAGUUAAAUGCGUACGUUGUACAUUGCAUAUUUUCAGUGAAAAUACACGGCUGUAGAGGCCGGGUUAAGGUGAGGUGAGGUGAGACGCCAUGGGACCGGCCUCGUCGAGGUGCUCUCCGCCCGCCAGAGAGCGAGGCUUCUCAUCAUGAACAGACGGCUGGACGCCGAAGUGCUGUUUCAAACAUGAAUAGCCAUCUUCGGUCACGAAAUAUCGCAGCAACAGAUGUGCGUUCAACACAUGUGGGUGCAGUUGCGCAAAAUACAGACGGAGAAACGCUUC